GACGGCGAGGACUGUAUUUCCCAGGAGACUCAGCAGCGCCGCUUACCGGAAGCGGCGGGUGAAUUGCGUGCCCUUGCGCGGGGAGUGAAACGAGAGACAGACCAUGGUGGCUCGAGUGUGGUCGCUAAUGAGGUUCCUCAUCAAGGGAAGCGUGGCGGGGGGAGCAGUCUACCUUGUUUAUGACCAGGAGCUGCUGGGGCCCAGCGACAAGAGCGAGGCUGCCCUACGGAAGGCCGAGGAGGUGGUGCCACCAGCAAUGUACCAGUUCAGCCAGUAUGUGUGCCAGCAGACGGGUCUGGAGAUGCCACAGCUCCCAGCCCCUCCAAAGAUUAACUUUCCGAACUUCCGUGACUCCUGGAACUCAGGCAUCAUUUCCGUCAUGGCAGCUUUGUCAGUGGCCCCCACCAAGGCCCGAGAAUACUCCAAGGAGGGCUGGGAGUACGUGAAAGAGCACACCAAGUAACGGAUGCCACCUGUCCCAUCAUUAUGGGGGGCGGGGGCAAGACCAGGAUGCCACAGACUCAACCACAGUGGGGACCCCACUCUGAGGGCAGCUUCCAGCAUUGCUGGUCCAAUAAAGGACUUGGAAUAGUCCCU